AUGAAGAAAUUGGACGUGCAUAAAUUAUUAGGAAUCUCCCCCAAUUCUCAAAGUGUGACAGGAGUAGCCGCAUGCCAGUGCGAUUUAGGUCGUGAGAAACUGUUAACUGCCCCACCUUACAAAACCACACCGUCUGGCGAUGAGACCAAAUCUCGAUACCCGACGGCACCGUCAAAAAGAGAAGCUGAUCAGUUGAUAUGCCCCAUAAGUCACAUACUAGUGACUUUCAAGUCGCCUCUAAACCCCAAUGAUGUAUUUAGUAAAGUCUUCCCAGCAUCGACACCAGUAAAGUUCGUUAAACGUAAACUAGCAAAAUUACUGGGUGUGUCAAACAGUAACCUUAUACUAACUAAGAAUAGAAAUGUAUUGAAGGAGACAAGUAUCUUGUCACAACUUAAGGCUGAUCCACUUGGUAACCUUGCUGUCGACGUGUUUACAAAGGAUUCAGAGGACUUUUCUCUGUCGUCAAUACCCAAAGAAUCGUACGUCCACGAACUACUACAUGCAGUUCUUCCGAAAAAGAAAGAUAUGCCAUUUAUCGCAAUCAAAUUCAAGGUACCACAUCAGAAUGCCACUUUUACUCGUUCCUAUCAUUCUAUAAUGAAAGUUCACGAAAUAAAGAAAAAUUUAGGAGAGCUCUUUCAAAUAAAUCCUGACGUUUUGGUGUUUUUACGAGGAGAUAAUCCACUAAAAGAUCGUAUGGCUCUUAUGGAUCUUGAUUACGACAAAUAUGGAAUAGCAGAGAUUGAACUGCUUACGACAAAUGAUGCAAUAUUGAAUUUCGAUAAACUAUACAAAGAGGUACCAGUAAAUGACGUUUUAAGUGUGAUGGUGCCGUUCGGAAGAACAAUAAAGCAGGUUAACGUUGAAAUAUUUUCUGAACCAAUGAGGAAACCUUUCAUAGGAGGAUAUAAGAAUGUGCACACAGGUACCGUAUACCACCAUGCAUAUACUCAAACACCGCAAAAACCGGAGAAAUUACGUCCAGAAGAGAAGAACUGUCGAGACACACAGACAGCAGAAGAAAAGGAAAAACUUUAUGAUACAAAUUACAGUCGUGCAACACAAAUGAACAGCGUUCACGCAUAUAUUCCGAACGUGACUGAUAGAAUAGUGGUCCCGAAACCCUACGAGACCUAUGAAGAGAUGGUCAUCAGAUUAAACCACGGUCACUAUGCGUCGAUAAUACAAAGGGCUUUCAAACGACAUCAGUUUCGGCAAUUUGUUAAAAAAUGGCUAGCUGAAUGCAAAGAAAGAAUAGAGAGAAUGAAAGAGGAAGACAGAUUGGAGAAAGAGGCUAUGGAAAGACGUUUACGGCGGGAUCUUAUCACCAAGACAUUUCCGAAAACUCGGGAAGAUUUUGAUCAAUUAUAUGCAAUGGUUGACCGAUGGAAACAUGCUGAAAUAGCACGAAUAUCACAGUUACACUCUAAAGGCCCAAAAAUAGCAGAAUUUUCAUUACUUCUCGAUAAAGAAGUGGAACUACUGAGAUGCAUUGAAGAUUACAGAGUAAAAGUAAGAGAGGAUAGUCGAAAGAUAAAAGAAAAAAGAUUUUUAGAAGAAAUAUCGAAGCCUGUUGCGUGGUAUGGUCGCAGCGGAAAAUUAAUUACUAUGGAAACAGUUGAAUCUCAGAAAGCUAAAAAAAUUAAAGAGCUUUAUAAUUCGUUUAUACGCAACGAUAUGGAAACUAAAGAGCGCUUGGAACUUUUGGUUGAUUUUAAAUUCGCAUUGCAAGAAUUUCGUCAUCCUUUGGCUGAAGAAGUAAUUACUCUACUGGAUCAAGAAGCCGACCUCCUAGUGAGGCGAUAUAACGCACAUCAACUCGAAUUUCUAAGACGAAGAACUGCUGGUUACGUCUUUCGUUUAAUACAAACGUCUGAACUAAAUUCUGGCGUUACUAAGCACAAAGACAUAAGAGAUUAUCAAAAAAUGCAGAAUGGAAAUCUUUACUUCUGCGAAUUAUGCCAUCAGGUCAAACCUUACACUGAUUUCCCAUUGAAUACGAGAAUGAGCGGCUGUUUAAUUUGCAAAUCAUGUUCGUGGAAAGACGUGAACGAACGCAGCUGGAUAGAUAUGACUCCAUUCAAGUUCAUCUUGAGAGCAGUACAACGCGAUGAGCGUCGCCGAAAAUGUUGGGGCUCUUUGGCGUUCGUUCUUCAAGAAAAAGACAUUUUCUUUAUAGUCGAAAAGCUUUGGCAUUCACAUUCAGCCAUUAGUGAAUGUGAUGAUAUCACCGAGCUGAGGCUGUGUAGAUGGCGAGUUCAAGAGGACUGGUCGCCGUGGAACUGUUUCCUAGUCACUGUUCAAGAAAUGAAGGCACAUCUGAAACUGGAGGAUCCUGAACUAGUAUAUGAUGAAGAGUUGGUACAGAAGAUUGGGAAUAAACACAAACUUGCGAAGGCCAACUUUGAGCAAUUAAUGGCAGUGAACAAGCGGUACACAGAGACAGGAGACUGGCAAAAUAUACGAGCUCCAGCCACGGCCCGCGUUGAUGCUGUUGAUAGAAUUUAA